CUGUCUAGCGUUGAAUUAAGCGUCCAAACAAGCAUAGAACAAAGCAUACGAGUAUAAUCCAUCACUGUUUAUCGCCCCUUGCCCACCAAGACUUUCUAGUAGACUUAUUAACGGAAUGCAACCUUUCGACAAUUGUUUACCCGUUCUAGGCCUCAAUACCACUCCGUAUCCCUUCCCAUACUCCCUGCAACUCCUAUCAAAUCAAGUACUCGUACAGAGCCCUCGUAUAAGUCGCUUUUCAAAUACAGCAACUCGUACAAACAUUCAUUCAAAAACAACUCCAAAAUAUUAUUCAAAACAAAAACGACCAGCCCUGCAUUUCCCCCAUCCAGAAAACCCUUUCUUCUUCACCUUCUUGUUUCGGCAAAACGAUCCCCACAAAUCCACACUUCGUCCAUGGAGAAAAGAUUGCCUUUCUCCAAGCGCGAAUUGCCGAGACUCCCCUAGUCUGAAGCACCUCGGUGAUGGCUUGGAAAUGCUAGCCAGCGAAGAUCUAUUCUUGGUUGGGCCUGUAACAUGUUGUAAAAGACUUUGUCAAACAGUCAAUGCUGCUUACAGUACCUAUCUGGCAUGUAUCAUCGUACGAAAUCCUUCAAGACUCAAAACAUACAUGCACUCUUCUCACAACCACGCAAUGCCGAGCUCAACUCCCACUGGCGGACAAACUUGCCUGCCGAACAAUCUAUUCGAUACCUGCCACGCCUUCCAGUCUUCUUUUUCCCCACGGAUUCCUCGGCUCAAGCUUACCAUUAGCAGCUAGAGAGCUAAGUGGAAACCCAACAUUUCCAUGCACCUCCAGACGCCACACUUCCGGGGAUCACGGCUGGCACCGACGCCCUGGAUUGAGAGUUUCUAUUACUGACCGUCUCUUUGUAAGCUUCUCUAACUUGCAGUUCACUUUGUCCUCCAUCCACAAAAGCGGUCAAUUAGCAAUCCAGGCUGUGCCGCUUGGACCGCCGAGCGCCCGUCUCGUAUAGAUUCGCUCCAUCAAUAUGGCCGUAUGCCCAACAAUUAUGAUCCG